AUGGCCUAUAUUAAAGGCUCAUUCACCUUGACACACGACUCAACCGACAAGGACAACAAAUUGAUAACUGAUUUAUCACCACUGGAUAGCAAUGCUCAACGUUCUGACACUAAUGUUGAAGAAGCUCGUACUCCUUAUAAAACUAAGAACCGCAAACUUGUUCAGCAGCGAAAACCCAGAGCAGGCUUACAGUCAACAUCUGUACAUGAUUUUUAUGAUACUGACCUUGAAUCAGAUGACGAUAGACAGAAAACUCCAAACAAAAAUUUCAAGGCACGCUACAUAUCAUCUUGCAAGAAAUAUGAUGCUCAACCAGUAUCAUCCUUUAUCGCCGUUAUUGAAUCACAAAGUCGCUCUGUCAACAUUUCUGACGCAGCCUUGAAACCGGUGGAUAUACAAGUGCUUGCACCUUAUCUGGGACUUAACAAGAUUAUCAAAUUAAAUUUAUCUGGUAAUAGAUUCGGAUGUAUUGGUGCUGUUUAUCUGUCAGAUUUUAUCAGAGAAAGUUCAUCAAUCAAUGAUUUGGAUCUAUCCUACAAUGAUAUAGGACUCACAGGUUGUGAAGCACUAUGUAAUGCCUUACGAUCCUGUAAAACGAUUGAAAAUUUAAUUCUUGAUGGCAAUAGCUUCGAUGAUAAAUGCAGUUCCGUGUUAGCUGACUUGAUAUCAUCAAAUCAAAGUCUAAUAUAUUUAUCUCUUUCCAAGAAUUUUUUCGAAAGUGUCGCUACGGCAAAAUCUUUUUCCUCAGCUCUUGCCAUCAACCAAAGUCUCGACAAUUUUGAUAUUUCUUUCAAUCAUUUCCAAUCGAAAGCAACCGCUGCACUGAUAGAAUUUUUAGCCAAAAAUUAUAAGCUAACCUCGUUAAAUUUAUCGCACUCAAGCUUUGGUCUUGAAGCAUCGAAAGCAUUUUUUUUGGCAAUGAAGAACAAACAAACCCAAUUAGAAGAACUCGAUUUAUCAUCAAAUCUAAUCGACGAUGAAUGUGCAAAAUACUUUGCACAAGUUUUAUCCAUAAAUGAGUCUUUGAAGAAGCUUAUUCUAAUACAAAAUCCGUUGAGCGUUCAAGGAUGCAUCAAGCUUUUGAAACCAUUAAAGAUGAUGCCGACAUCCCAAUUAGAAAUCAUUGAUAUACGAAGUAUGUAUGUGAAAAAUGAAGUCUUUAUCGAAUUGGCGAAUGAUCUGGAAAAUCGCUUCGAAAAACUGGUUAUAAGACGCGGAGAAAAGGUUGAAUGA